GCUGUAAUAGAGGGUAAUGUCACUUUAAGACAUGUGAUACUUUACAGAGCAGGGAUGUAUCGAAACAGACUACUGAUACUUCAGGGCACCGUCUAGCAGCAGUCCAGCUCCCUCCGAACAUAUAGUGAGUUGCCUGACUGCACUGAAGGAAGGGGAACACGGAUGGUCCCUCAUUAAAACAGAAGCUGAUUUUCAUCUGCAAGUACCCAGGAACUGCACAUUACCUCAAGAUCACUCCAAAGGGCUCAUCAGGCAGAGGGAACGCUAGGAGAUGAUUUAAAGGUGAAGAUGACAAGCUUUUCACCCCUCAAACCUUGGCUACUUUUCUGACAACACCGUCUGAGAUCUGAUGUCUUUUUUAUUCUGGAAAUAGGAUUGGUGACAAGGGAAAAAAAAAAAGAAAGAAAAAUAAGAUCUAUUUUUUUUUAAUCCUGAUAAAGAAGAUUAUUGAAAACCUCUUAUUGUGGUACACAUGGAUUUUAAAAAGUGUUAGAUCUUUCCAAUGAACACUAAUAGAGCAUUCUACUCCUGGUUGGAUUACUCAGAGUAUGGCUAUGGUCUCUGCAAUGUCCUGGGUCCUGUAUUUGUGGAUAAGUGCUUGUGCAAUGCUCCUCUGUCAGGGAUCUCUUCAUCACACUUUCCAACAGCAUCACCUGCACAGACCAGAAGGAGGAACCUGUGAAGUUAUAGCUGCUCACAGAUGUUGUAAUAAGAACCGCAUUGAAGAAAGGUCACAAACAGUAAAAUGUUCAUGUCUGCCUGGAAAAGUGGCUGGAACGACCAGAAACCGACCAUCCUGUGUCGAUGCUUCCAUAGUGAUUGGAAAAUGGUGGUGUGAGAUGGAGCCAUGUCUUGAAGGAGAAGAAUGUAAGACUCUUCCUGAUAAUUCUGGAUGGAUGUGUGCAACUGGCAAUAAGAUCAAGACCACGCGAAUUCAUCCAAGAACCUAAUGGAACCACUCUUUGGAUGUAGUGAAAGGAAGCCACCACUACAUAAGAAACAACAUUUAAAAAUUCAAACCAUCUUAAGCAUUUUCAAGCCAAAUGGAUUUCUUAUUUGCACUCUGACUGGUUACCAGCUAAUCACAGUGUUUUCACUGUGUGUAAUGAAAUGUCCCAUGGUGAAAACACCCAGGGUUUUGGCAGCGUGGCAGAAGAAAACAUGGAAGUUUCGGGGUUUUUGUGAUUAUGAAGUAUGAACAACUGUCUUAUAAUUUGGAGCUACAAUUUACUUUCUACCAUUUAAAAUAUAUAUAUAAUAUUUUGAAAUAUAACAUAUUCUCUUCAAGAAACAAACAGUACCACAUGCCAGUGCAGCUUACAUACCAUGUUUUUUUUUCUUUGUUUGUUUGGGGGUUUUUGGUUGGUUUGCUUCAUUUUUUUUUCUAAUGGGAUGGAAGACCUUUGGAGAAAUUCAGCAAUUACACCAACAUGGUCAACAGUAGAUGGUCUCCUGGAAUUCAAGGAAGCACCAAGAUACUUCAUCAAGAGCUUCCUUCUGUUUCUACUCAAUCAUUCAAGGAAAUCCAUGGCUAUCUUUUCUUGUGUUCUGAAGGCUUUCUCCCUUGUGCAAUACUAGCAUGCUGGCUUUGCUCUCAUAACCAUACUUUGUAUUCAAUUGAUAUAUGAUGACUUCUUAACCUCUUCGAGGAAAAUAUUUUUAGAAUUAUUAGCUACUCCACUAAGGAGACGAUGAAGAUUCUCAAGGAAGUGGCUAUUUGAUGCUCUUAGGACUCAGGCAGAGUUGGGGUGGAUCAUGGUUUCCCUUCUUCGUGAUGCCGUGUAAAUACAAUGCCUAAAGACUUUGUAGAACUGUCCUCGUCUACAGUAAAAUUCCUCUAACUCCAGAGUUGGCCAUUUACUCCAUACUGUGGUUGAGUUCCACAUCGUUUUGUGGCAUUCUGCUUUUUGAUAAUAUUUGGGACAGCUUUCUUCAGAGGGUUUUGGGGCAUAGGCCAUAAUUCCAGGCGAGGAAAAGUCGGGGAAUGAAACCAUCUUCAUUAUUCAUGCCAUGAAUAAUUGCUCAAACUUCUGAAAAUGAAAAGUAUCUUCUGUCGAAUUCAAAUUAACCCUUUUUAUAAAAUAUGUUGUUGGUUUUGACUUUAUCCUCUAUGGGCCUCCCUAACCUGCAUUAAUUUAGGUCAUGGUAACAGCCCAGUUUAAGGUCUGAAAAUCAGUAAACAUCUUCUGCCAAAAGUUUUGUCCUUCCUCCUCGCAAACACUUCUAUCCCUCACAUUUUGAAAAUCAAUAGUCCCUCGGAUAAUAACACUCUUCCAAUCAGUACAAUGUAGUAUCUGAACGCAUUUUCUGGAGGCUUUGAACAAUAGUACCCAAUGUGUGACAAAUAGCAUAGAACAGUAGAUAGAGGGUCAGCCCUACAGACAGGAAGACCUGAGGGUCAAGUCUCACUUUUCAGUGUGCUAGCAAAUAUUUAACAUAUAUCUCUCUGAAAAGGUGUGACAUAUUAAAUUUAAUAUGCAUUCUUACCAUUUUCUCCAUAACUGUCUCAAGUCUAGAGAAAACAAUAAAUCAGGCCAUUCUAUACCUUGCUUAUUUCCAAAGUACAAAUGCCCAUAGUGAAAAUUAUCCACGGGCUUUCCUGAGCCCUUUGAAACUAGCUCUUGAUUCAAGAUUAACCCUGAUUCUGUCACAUACUGGUUGGAUGAUCAUUUAACCGCACAGCAUCCCAGUUAACUCUCUAACUUACAAGAGAGUUGCUCAUUUGUAGUGAUGAUUUGCAAAUUUAAUCACAAAUCUGUUAAAAAAAACAAAAAAAUCUAAAAUAACAAAAAUAAAAAUUUAUAAAUCUUUUUUUCUGCCCCCUCUAAAAAUAUGCUAACAUCCCCUUCUUUUAAAGAAUAUCCCAUCUGCUUUUCUAAUCAAAAUAUCAGUUUAGCUUUUUGUUUUUUUCAAUAAAUUUUGUUAUAAAAAUUCUCAUUUAAAAAAAAGAUAUCUUUCCAUAUUGCUUGCUUCGAUUUAUAUGUUUAUUCCCAGACUCUUAUCUCAUGUCAUCAAUGCCUCAUAUUAUACCAAUAACCUAGCAAGUACAUGAUCAAGUUUGUCAUACCCAGUCUCCAGUGAAGUUGAAGGUCCAUCAUCUCUACAAUUUUGUCUUGAGCAUUAAUUGGUUGGAUAUACUCACUGACCAUUUAUGGAUUAAUUGGGCUUAUUAAAUGAACAGAAAAAGAAAGGAAGUUGCAUGGGAAGACCUGCCUCUGAAUCUAGUCUCAAACACAAGUGAAUUGUGUGACCUUGGGGAUAAUUACUAUUGAUAUGUCUUCAUUUAUAUGAUUGAAAUUGGUUAAUCAAUUAAUAGUUAAUUAAUAGUUGAUUAACCAGCAACUGGGUGUCAAGAAUUGUACUAGAUUCCUAACGAGAAAAAAAAGCAAAUAUAAAAUAGGUUGGGCCCUCAGAAAGCUUACACUCUACUAAAGUAACAUAUUCAGUGCUCCAUGAAGCUUACCCCGUACACCAAGUAUACUUAUCCCCUUCAACUGACAACACAAGAGAACCUAGGCCAGAAUCACACAAAUGUAGAGUCUCCAUUCAUCAGGGAGGCCAUAUUGCAUUCUGCACUGUUUUAAAAAAAGUGUCCCCUUCUAAUGCAGGAGAAACAUCAGAUAAAUAUUUGUAACUAUAGUCAAAUUCACUUUACUUUUGUCUACCUCUCUUCUAUAAUUGUGCAAACCCAUCAAGUUGUGCUUCAAUUUAUCAUAUACAAGUUGGGAAGAUCUAAAAUUCAGUAAACACCAUCUGCCUAUUAAUUCUGAGCAUUUUAUGGUAUAAAGACCUGAUCUAAUAUCUCUGGUAAUAAAGAGCUCAGUGUGUGGUCUAAUUAAUACUGAUGUUGAGAUUGUACAUAGAGUGUGAUUAAAUAUGUUAAAUGAUAUGAUGAUAUUAAAUGAAAAUAUGUUCAGUGAUGGGGAACACGGUAUAAUGGCCAAUCUUGGAGGCAUCAAUCAAUUGAUCAAGCAUUCGUUAAGUAUUUAUAUGAUGUCAGUUUUUGUGUAAAGACCCAAGUUCAAGUCCUGUCUCUGACACAUAUUAGCUCUGUGGCCAUCGGCCAUUCACUUAACCUCUCAGUGCAAACAGUCUUUAAGACUAUAAGUUACAGAAAGGAAGCUAUCCCGAAUGCAUUGACAAUUCUGCCUUUAAAAACUGAAGGCAGAUUGACAUAGUGAAUAGAGCACUGGGUAUGCAACAAGGAAGACCCAGGUUCAAAUUCCGCUUCUAAUAAAUACUUAUUUGCUUUGUGAACCUGGACAAGGCAUUUAACCUUUUGGUGCCUCAGGCAACUCCCUAGAACUUAAUCUAUUAUGACAUAAAUUACAGUCUACAGUGGUAGAAGUUUCCACACAAGGCAGGUCCAGGACUAACAAAAUGACAUAUUUUUCACGAUUUUGUGUCUAUUAAAUUGUUGUUCCCAAAAAUGACAAGUUUACUCGGCAGGAAUCAUAGCAAUGAUGAGAAAAUUUGGUCUAGUCAGUAGGUGUGGUGUCCUAGGCAAAGAUGUUCAUAGUUAAUUUUCGGUGACUGAUGUUUUCAUGUUAUUGAAAUUAUAGAUUAAUGAACUUUACAAGAAUAUUCGGAACUUUAUGACUUCAUAUUUUUCUAUUAAAAAUUAUUAAGACUGUGUUUAACCAUCAUAUAAUUUAAAUGAACACUGCAUUUCAAAAAGG